AGGCUAAUAAAUGCAAGAUAGUAAUGCUAGGUAUUUAUUGUAAAUGCUAGAUAAAAGUAAAAUGCUAGAUUUGCUAUAUGUAGAAAAAAUGCUUAUAAGAGGCUAUAGGUAUUUACCAGCCAUUUAUAUUUAGUAAUACUCACUGUUUUCAAAUAUCGUUUACAAUUUUUGCAUACGUUUUUUAUCUAGACUUUACUAUUUAUACUUAUCAAGUGUAUGUAGAAUUUAAUGAAAUAAACAAAAAAACAAAAAAUCGGCAGUUUUUCGUGUGUCCAAAACCAUUUUUUUAUUUCUAUUGUCCGGUAGCUUAAAAAAUAUGGCAUCCGCACAAUAAUGACGCUUGCGGGUCAUUGACACCGCUGCCAACCCCGCAGCCGGUAUUUAACUUUAAACAGAGCGAUAUUUCAUAAGAUUGUUUGUCAUUUUAGUGCGAAUAAAAAUUUUCCUGAUUGCUGGGAUAUGGUUGGGGAUUUUCGCUUAAUUACGAGUGAUACGUUUGCGUAAAAAUGUUCGGAAAGAGGAAACGCAAUAAUGUUUGAUGGUUUCCUGUAAGUUUAGCUGAUUCAAUCUAAUUAUGCAAUUCAGGUUUAUUUAUGUGGUGUCACAAGCUAUCGAGUGCUUGAAUAGCGAAAUAUCAUAAAAAUUUGGCAAAGAGGUCAAGCAAUCUAACAAGGAAAAGAGUAGCCGAUAAGAGUAUCAUCGAUAACCGUUCGAAUGUGCUAAAUUCAAAAAUAACUCGUGAAAUAUGAAAAAACGCUAUUACGUAAAAGAGCACGUGGCGGUAUUUUGAAGUAGCGGAAGCCAAUAACGGUAAAUAAUAUUUCACCUAUAUGAUACAGUAUUACGUAAAUAUUUGUAAGAGUAAUUAAAAUAAUUCACCCACGUUGGAUUCAUUACGCAAUCAGCAACGUACGCUGCGAACAUGUGAAGCUGUGGCACAAACGUGACCCAAGCGAAAAUGUCGACAAGUUUGAGCCACGUGCUGAUAUGCAAAACGCGCCGGAUUUGAAUUUCCCGCCGGCCGUGACCUGACGCAACUAUUACGUCUCGGCGCCCACCUGCAUAAGGGCGCACAUUCCGUCCCUUGGGCUGUAAUAACCAACUGUUGCCACUUUACAUAAUGUUGUUUUCAAGGCAACCGAAUUGCAUCACGAUCCGAUACAUGAACUAUGUUCUUUGAUUAAGAGCAUCUCGGUGUUGCGUAAGAUUUGGCCGAUCAAAGUCAAUUAUGACAGCUGUCAAGCUGGUAAAAGGCCGGAUCCGGAUGCGCAUAAAUUGAAGAUUAGCGACUUGUAGAUUUUUUCUCAAACUGAGAUAAAGUAGGUGUCUUUGAGUGAAGGAUAAUAAGGAACUAGAUUUAUCCUGUACUAACCUUCUCUCAACCGCAAUGAGGUUACGUUCGUGUCAUUAUCGCAGCUUUUGUUUUGACCCUUAAAAAUUUCGUUUGAUAUGUUUUGCAAUUGGGAGAAAAACUUUAACAUGUUACUUGUUGCAACAUUGAGAGACUUUAUUCUAAUGUACAAUGGCAUCGAUAUAGAACAAGUUAUUCAAUACUUAUGAAAUCUAUUAACGACCUUCGCGGUUUUUAAACUUCCAGGGCAUUGCGCUAGCCAAUAAAAUUAAUUACAUAUUACAUUUACUUCAUUCAUUAUGUCGGUGGCAACCAUUUUGUAGGGGUUUCUAUGCUACAUUUCACACCCAAAUUGAGCAACUGUUUGAGCAACCCUGUAUAUGAAUAGCGGAAACGUGAACUCCUCCAAAAAUGUAGCCUUCAAACAAAUUAUUCAAUAAGCUCACUGUCCUUAAGAAAAUAUUUAUACGUGGUUUUUCAGAAAUCUUAAAAAACGCCGAUAACCAUAUUGCUACUUUUCUGAAUAAUUAGCUAAAAACGACAGUUGACGUAAGAAUUACCGUUAGUGGUGAUGAUCACUCGAGACAAUCAAGAGGACAAUAAAUCAUAAACGCGAAGAAAUUGUAAUAAAAAAUGCAAAACAGUGUAGUUUGUAUUUGCUCAGGAUUUUACUUGCAAAUAACUUGAGGUUACCGACAUCGGGCAGACAACGACGAACAAAUUAAAGGACAAUAACACUAAUAACAGAAUUUAACCUAAGAAAAUAUUCCACUGUCCAGUGAUUUUUUGCACGAUUACGUCGUAGCUUAAUGAGUUAUUUUUGUUAUUAAUCCGCAACGUAAAUAUGUUUGUGAAAAAGCCCGCAAAUAAAUUUUGAAACUGCGCUCUUACGCCACGUUACGAAACGCAAUAGUGAAUCACACCACCUUCGUAUCAAUUAUCAGGGCCAAUGAACCGCCACCCUGUAUAUGUCGGCCUCUUUGUCCGACUAAUGGGUAAUUUUUCGUUAAUCAUUCAGAUUCUCCGGAAAUGACGGCAAUUUUGCUUUGACACGUGGCCAAAUUCGUCACCUCGUGACAGAAAUUCGGACUCACGCUAAAUAAUUGCGUCAAUUCGAUUUACUUUGUUUGAAUGUGAUCGACCUGUUAUCUCAGUAUCUUUAUAUACCGCUUUGUUCGCCUCAUUCCUGGUAAAACUCUAAUUAUAAAAAUAGACAUGUAAUAAUUAUAUUAUCUUGUUUUUGUUUAGCGCACACACCUGCUGCGUUCGUUGUUUUUAAAUAACAAAUUCGUUGUCAAAAAGCGGCUGAAUGAGUCUGCUGUUUCCCGCAAUGAGCUGCUGAUGUAAUUUAUGUUAAAUUAUAUAAAUCGCUCUGGAAUAUUAUAUUCACGAGGAAUGAGCGCCCGCGUGCGAGUUUUCGCCCCGUGUUGGCGACUCCACGUGAUGCUCAAGCACCACGUGCCAGUUACGCAAUUUCGGCUUAAAACGGAUUUUUCGCUUUUUGUUAACCUUGUCUGGACUUAAACAAAGAAAACCGCAUCAAGGGAAAGAAUCCAUAACUGACAAACAAAUAAGUCGCGACCCUGGUCAAUGCCAAACGGUUGAUGACUCGCUCGCAAAAUUAACCAUCGGACAAAAAACACUUUCGGCAUAUUCGUGGGCGAUUGAUCAGUUUGCGAUUUAUUUUGGGAACGAAUUAAACGCCAGCCCAAAAAAUAAUACGCCAGUAAAUGCCAUUUAGUUGCGUCCUUGCCCGUUUUGAGCUUUGUUUUGGUCCGAAAUCGUCGAUAAGUGUGUUUGGUUUGUUAUUUUAUCAGUAAUUAAAGGUCGUUACUCUCGUCGUUCGAUGUUAAAUCAUUUUUUUGAUGAUGAUGUAACAUUGUAAUGUUCGUUGCACAAUGGGAUUAUACAAUUGCCUCAAGUUUGCAUAUGCAGGGCCGCGUUUUUACUUGGACGGCAUAAAAUGUUUGCGCAACGCGCCUUCAGUAAGUGAUGAUUUGGGCAAAAAUUAAAACAAAACAACAGUUAGAGAGGAACUGGUUCUUUUUGAAUGGUAGGUAAACAGAUUGUUGAAAUUUUUUAACGACGGAGGAAUAAACAAAAUAUUUUCGAGGUUGAGUGACAUUGUUUACGAUUAUUCGCUGAAAGGACCUUGUACCGAUUAUGAAAAUAACGAUUUGAUGGUAAAAUUUAUAGAAAAAAGAGCAAGUGGGAUGAGUUAGCCGGUUCGUUGACCAUAGCGUGGUCCUUCGCUUUUCUGCGCGACUAAAAAUUGAGCAAGCGAUGCUUGCUUUAUUAUUUGUAUUGAUUAUGUCUGUCGAGGCUAGAAGCAACUUUUUGGAGAAAUUCGGGUUUUGUUACAAGCGUUAUGAAAUUAUGCCAAAAUGUAAUCUAUGACAUUUCCGGGAAAUACCGUCAGAACGUGCCAAAUAAAUAAAUAUCCACAAAAACGCACUAUUACGUGUAAAUUUAUUCUCUCUGUUCAGUCAACACUGGACCAUAUCCCCAUCUCAAUUCCUAAAAAUAAAUUUAUCACAAUUAUGUAACAACUGCGACAUUUUAUUCCGCACGUCGAAUUUCCACUGAUGACUCCUAAUUAUUACACGAAUUACGAACGCAUUUGUUUUCAUGACUAACACCUUCAAAUUAUUCACGGGAAAAACGUUUCUUUGUUAUUACCCAAUUUCCGAAAAGUACGCUUUACUUCGUUCUAGAUCAUUAUCCUUCCAAAACACGUUAUUUCAUAGAAUUUAACUCAAUUAUUUAAUCUCAUUUAUUUAUUAAAGACGUAAAUGUCUCUUAAAAUGGUAAAUAUGUUUACAAAUUUUCAUUGCACAAACAAUUAUUAUUAUUACAUGUUGUCUCAUGUUACUCAAUAAAAAUCCACUAUUCAUGUUUUAAUUUAGGUAUUAAUUAUUUAACUAAAAACACUUUUACAUUUUGUUUACCUUAUCAUUACUGUUCAAACAACCGAUUCACAAUUUAGCACAGGCAUGACAAGCGCCGUCUAGCAGACAGUAGCCAAACUUGGCCAAGGCGUUUCGGUUUGAAACUAAACUAAACCGGAUGCUACAACCUUAACUACAACUACCCACAUGAUUCAAAUAAUUUCCCCCGCUAUUCUCAUUCAAAAAAGCUAAAUCAAAGUCAGUCUGAAAAGAAUUGAUCUCAAGAACGAUAACAAACAAAAUGUGAACAAUUCAUUGAACGAAACGAGCGAAAAUACGCAUUUCAAAGCAUAAUUUUGCAUAAAUUGAACAGACUUGUCUGGUCGAACGAAAUAUGCCGAAGAAUAGGGAAAAAUUUGUCAAAAAAAAUCGAUUCGUGUUAAAACAACAAAGAAAAAUCAAUUAAAAACAAAAAGAAUACAAAAGAAAACGUUUUCUGGCGUUGACUUCAACUGAAAAUUUUAAAAGGCGGGGACAUUUACGCACUAAUCUAUAUUUUCCAGUGUUAAAGAACAAAUUACAGGGAAUUCUCACGCAACCGCGGCAAUUACAGUAAAUUAAUGUAAAAAAUAUGCUUUACAUUGUAUGUGAUAAAUUAAAAUCUGAUUUAAAUACCGCUUGAAUUUAUACUUUUUGUUGGGGCCGGAAGGACAUAUCAAUAAUAGAGCCGGACAUCGCAAUUAGCAAAAUUGUCUAAAACAAAAUGCGGUGUGAAGUAAAACACGCGCUUUUGUCAUUACUUUUUUGCUUCGUUUUAUUCAAGCGUGAAACAUGGGGUUUCGGGGGUAAAUUUUUUCUAAAUUUUUAAAGUGUGUGUCAAUUGCCGAAAAUAAGCCCCAGGUGAUCGAUAUUUUUCCGGGAGUGACCAACGCCGGCGUAUAAGAAACUUGUUGAUUGUUAACACUGGUGUUUAUGACCAGUAGUUCCCACCCCUUGGUAGCCUCUCCAAUGGCGAAAGAAAGUGACACAAUGGAGUUGGAAGACCGCGACCCGAACAACCUCAGCCGCCACUUGCAGGUGUCAUGGGAAGACGUUUUUGGAGAACCGGAAGCUAUCAGAAGCCCAGAAUGCGCCUGGGCUGUCAGCAACCAGUGUUUCCGCUUAUCAAAAAACUUCUGCUACGUCUGUCUUUCAGUUAUUUGUGCCCCAGUUGCCGCUUUCUGCCUCGGGAUCACGUUCGCUUGUUUGUCUUUCGAGCAUAUAUGGUGCCUGACGCCAUGUUUACGAAUUUGGAAAAUUUCCUGCGCUGCCACGAGGAAUUUUGUGACGGCUUUCGCCCAUGCUGUUAUCAUCCCUUGUACCAGCGCGUGCGGCUAUUAUUGGUCGGAAAUUAAAGUCAAAACGCAAGCAAUUUCCCCCGAUGUUAAUGAGGAAAAGAAAGACGUUUUAGUGGUUUGAGCGAAACGAACAAUUUUGUAUUUUCACUUCCAAUUUGUACAAUUGUUUUCCAGCUUAAAUAUAUUGAAGAUAAAUUU